CAUCAUUUCCCUUCUCUUUCUACCUACCUGCCUUAUUUAUUCCUUCCUUCGUUUGUCUGCCCCCUUUCCCCAUCGUUCUUUCUCCAGCAGCCUUCUCUUCUCCUUCCCCCUUUCCUUUCUCCAUCCUUUUUCUUCCCUUUUCAGUCAGUUCCUCUCUCUUUCCACCUGCCUUCCUCCUCCUUUCCUUCCAUCUCUCAUUUAAUUGGGUUGCCUCUUUCCUUAUCCUUCUUUCUCCGCUCCUUCACCUUUAUUUGCCUAUCCUUUCCUCCCCUUCUCCUUUCAUCUCCCCAUUCUUCUCCUUCUUCCCUUUUCUAUCAGUUCCUCUCCUCUUUCCACUUUCCUUCCUUCUUCUUUCCUACCAUCUCUCCCUCUAUUACUUUGCCGCUUUCCUUUUCUUCCUUUCUCCAGCUCCUACACCCUUUUUUGCCCAUCCUUUCCUCCCUCUCUUCCCUCUCCCCAUUCUUCUCCUCCUUCCUUUUUCUAUCAGUUCCUCUCCUCUUUCCACCUGCCUUCCUCCUCCUUUCCUUCCAUCUCUCCCUCCAUUACUUUGCAGCUUUCCUUUUCUUUCUUUCUUUCUUUCUUUCUUUCUUUCUUUCUUUCUUUCUUUCUCCUGCAUUCUUCUUUGCCCAUCCUUUCUUCCCUUCCUUCCUUCCUCCUUUCCUCUUCCUUCAGCUCCUCUCUUUCUACCUGCCUUCUUCCUCCUUUCCUUCCAUCUCUCCUUCAGUUGGUUUGCUUCUUUCCUUAUCCUUUUUUCUCCAGCUCCUGCACUCUUCUUUGCCCAUCCUUUCUUCCCUCUCAUCCCUUCUCUUUUCCUCUUCCCAUUCUUCUCCUUCUUCCUUUUUCAAUUAGUCCCUUUCUCUUCCCACCUGCCUUCCUUCCUUCCAUCCAUCUCUUCCAUCCCCUUUCCUCAUCUUUUUUUGUCUCCAGUCCCUGUACCCUUCUCUUUGAGCAUCCUUUCCUUCCUCCUCUUCCCAUCCCUUCUUCCCUCUUCACCCCCCUUUUUGCUUUUCUUUCCUGGGCACUUGGGCAUCUCUGCCAGGGGGCACCCCACCAUGGCACUGCUGAGCUCCCCGACUGAGACUGAGUGCUUGACCAAGCCACUUUUCUGCCGGAAGGGGGCACUUCGCCAGAAGGUCAUCCAUGAGGUGAAGAGCCACAAAUUCACAGCCCGCUUCUUCAAGCAGCCCACCUUCUGCAGCCACUGCACGGACUUCAUCUGGGGAAUUGGAAAGCAGGGGCUGCAAUGCUUAGUGUGCAGCUUUGUUGUUCACAAGAGAUGCCACGAAUUUGUCACGUUCGAGUGUCCUGGAGCUGGGAAAGGACCCCAGACAGAUGACCCUCGAAGCAAGCAUAAGUUCAAGUCCCACAGCUACAGCAGCCCAACCUUCUGCGAUCACUGUGGCUCCCUUCUUUAUGGGCUGGUCCACCAGGGAAUGAAAUGCACCUGUUGUGAGAUGAAUGUGCACAAACGUUGUGUCCAUUGCGUGCCUAGUUUGUGUGGGGUGGACCAUACAGAACGCCGGGGGCGCCUGAAACUCAACAUCGAGACAUUUGGGAGCGAUGAGAUCCGUGUGACCGUUUUGGAAGCACUGAACUUGAUCCCGAUGGAUCCCAAUGGGCUCUCAGAUCCCUAUGUGAAAAUCAAGCUCAUUCCCGACCCUAAAAACCAGACGAAGCAAAAGACCCGGACAGUGAGAUCCACACUCAAUCCAGUCUGGAAUGAAACGUUCAUUUUCACCCUGCAGCCAGGUGACAUGGAACGGCGGCUCUCCAUUGAGGUGUGGGACUGGGACCGGACAACCCGCAAUGAUUUCAUGGGAGCCAUGUCCUUUGGGGUCUCAGAGCUUUUCAAGGGCCCUUUGGAAGGCUGGUACAAAUUGCUCAAUCAGGAGGAGGGCGAAUAUUAUAGUGUCCCUGUGGCUGAUGCAGAAAACUGUGGGCUGCUGCAGAAAUUUGAGGCCUGCAACUUCCCUUUGGAGCUCUAUGAGAAGGUUCGGCACGGCCCCAUCCAGUCUCCAUCUCCAAGCCCUACAGAUUCCAAGCGUGGCGGAUUCUUUGGUAUCAACCGCUUCCACAUCUCUGACUUCAACUUUCUCAUGGUGCUGGGCAAAGGCAGCUUUGGCAAGGUGAUGCUGGCAGAGCGCCGUGGAACAGAUGAGCUGUAUGCCAUUAAAAUCCUCAAGAAAGAUGUGAUCAUCCAAGACGACGAUGUAGAAUGCACCAUGGUGGAAAAGCGAGUCUUGGCAAUGGGAGAGCGUCCCCAUUUCCUAACCCAACUGCACUCUACUUUCCAAACUGCGGACCGUCUCUAUUUUGUAAUGGAGUAUGUCAACGGAGGAGACCUGAUGUAUCACAUCCAGCAGGUUGGGAAAUUCAAGGAACCGCAUGCUAUGUUUUAUGCUGCAGAAAUCGCAAUUGGUCUCUUCUUUUUACAUAACAAAGGAAUUAUAUACAGGGAUUUGAAGCUGGAUAAUGUAAUGUUGGAUGCUGAUGGUCACAUUAAGAUUACAGAUUUCGGGAUGUGCAAAGAAAACAUUUUUCCCGGCAUCACAACCCGGACUUUUUGCGGAACGCCUGACUACAUUGCUCCAGAGAUUAUUGCCUAUCAACCAUAUGGGAAGUCUGUGGAUUGGUGGUCAUUUGGUGUCCUUCUGUAUGAAAUGUUGGCUGGGCAGCCACCCUUUGAUGGAGAAGACGAAGAUGAACUCUUCCAGUCCAUUAUGGAGCACACCGUCUCCUAUCCCAAAUCACUUUCACGGGAGGCUGUCUCUAUCUGCAAAGGGUUCUUGACCAAACACCCACUGAAGCGCCUGGGCUCAGGGCCAGAGGGAGAGCGGGAUAUUCGGGAGCAUGCCUUUUUCCGUUGGAUGGACUGGGAGCGACUGGAACAGCUAGAAAUUGCUCCACCUUUCAUCCCCAGGCCAUGUGGCCGGAGUGGCGAAAACUUUGACAAGUUUUUCACGCGGGCACCCCCUGCCCUGACACCCCCCGACCAGUUGGUCAUGGCGAGCCUUGACCAGAGCGAAUUCCAAGGGUUCACCUUCAUCAACCCUGAUUUUGUGCACCCCUCCACCUUGCGGUGUGGCAGCUUGUCCCCAACCGGGUUGCCCAUCUCCCCGACGGGAUUGCCCCUCUCCCCAACAGGCAUCCUGCCCUCCCCGACUUCCCUAGUGUGAGAAUGGAUCCUCUUGAUACCCUGGGAUACUCAUCGUCCCUAAGUCAAGCCUUGCCUGUAGAACUCUGCUCCCGAGAGCAUGACUCCAGCUUGAAGCCCAGCCCUAACCCUGAGCUUAUACAACCUCUCCUCCAUUUGCAUUCUGUUGAUUGCCUCUUCCGGUGUGUUGCUUCCUUCCUCCUUUACCUCCCUUAGGUGAGUCCAAACUGGUGAGGUUAAGAAAGAAAGCACACACACAUGUAUACACACACAUACAGUCACUAUAUAUGUAUUUCUAGAGAAACAGAGGCCAGCAUUCACUUGGGGACUUAAGUCAUUGUAAGUGGACUUGGGUCUGCAGGAAAAAAGAAUUGAGCAGUGUCCAUACUCAGCAAGAGGUUGACUUUAUGUAAUUCAAGCGAAAUGAGUGAUGUUCAUUGAGACCAUUGCAUCAGGACCAAUGCACAAUCGGUCCCAAUGCACAAUGGUGGCGAUUGGGACACUCUUGCCAAUGUCCUGUCAUGUCUAAUCACAAUUCACUACCAGAGUUCCUUCGCAUCUCAGCUAGGUAGCCAAGUAUGUAAAAAGGCACUCAGUGUAGACCAUGAUACAAAAUUCUGGCCAAAGUUUGAAUACGCCGAGUUACAGGAGUCCCUCUUAAGUGACAGUGGAUCUUUUUUGAACAUCCCAAAGUUUCAGUGAUGAGAGAAUCCUCCCACAAGGAUGGUAAAACAUCAAAACAUCCGGGCGUCCCCUGGGCAACGUCCUUGCAGACAGCCAAUUCUCUCACACCAGAAGUGACUUGCAGUUUCUCAAGUUGCUCCUGACAUGGAAAAACAAAACCAAAACUGAUGUUGUGUUAUCUCAAACGCUGCAUAGCAUUACUGUGCAAAUAUUCUGCAGGAACAUCAGUGCUUGCACCACAAAGGUGCCCCACAACCCUGGUCUGGGAAGGUUUCCCCCGAAUGCCCCUUUUUAAAAGGCCAAAAAAAGAGAUGAUAGUUUUGCCAAAAUCUAGAUUUGAAGAAAGAGACAGAGCUAUAUUUGUUUAUUGAGAAGUGGUGGGUAAAACGGAUGAAGUCUGACACGGGGUGACUCAGGACUUGGCCUUUCGCCUCAUUCCAAAGUUUUCUCCCAAAGUUGCCUUUGGAAAAUGAAAUGAAUUUGUGACCGUACUUCCAUGAAGUUGUGUCUUCACAACUGAGAUCCAACUCUGCAGCAGUCACUUUACUCUUUGGGAUUAAAUUAGUAGAGUACAAGAUUAAGAAAUAAUCAAAAGGCGAUCAAUAAUCAUACAUGCAGAUCUGUGAAUUAUUGCUCCAUUAAGCUAUAUCAUAAAGGAUGGAGGUCCGAGGGUCAGUAUUUAGCUAACGGAACACCUCACAGGCCAGACGAGCCUAGAAGUGCCCAAAAUUUCAUGAUAGUUUUUUAAAAAGCAAGUAAAGAGUAUCUAUUGUUGCAAAUCAAAACAAAGUGUAGGUGGCCUACAUAUUGUUUUAAAGCAGUGUUUCUCAACCUGGGGGUCGGGACCCCUGGGAGGGUCACGAAGGGAUGUCAGAGGGGUCACCAAAGACCAUCAGAAAACACAAUAUUUUCUGUUGGUCAUGGGUGUUCUGUGUGGGAAGUUUGGCCCAAUUCUAUUACUUGUGGUGUCCAGAAUGCUCUUGGAUUGUAGGUGAAAUAUAAAUCCCAGCAACCACAACUCCGAAAUGUCAAGUUCAAUUUAGCCCAUACUCCAACAGUGUUCACAUUUGGGCAUAUUGAGUAUUCAUGCCAAGUUUGCUCCAGAUCCAUCAUUGUUUGAGUCCACAGUCCUCUCUGGAUGCAGGUGAACUACAACUCCAAACUCAAAGUCAAUGCCCACCAAACCUUUCCAGUAUUUUCUAUUGGUCAUGGGAGUUUUGUGUGCCAAGUUUGGUUCAAUUCCAUCAUUGGUGGAGUUCAGAAUGCUCUUUGAUUGUAAGUGGACUAUAAAUCUCAGCAAUUACUCCCAGAUGACAAUAAAUUCCCCCCAACCCCACCAGUAAUCAAAUCUGGACGUAUCGGGUAUUUGUGCCAUAUUUGGUCCAGUGAAUGAAAAUACAUCCUGCAUAUCAGAUAUUACAUUAUGAUUCAUAACAGUAGCAAAAUUACAGUUAUGAAGUAGUAAUGAAAAUAAUUUAAUGGUUGGGGGGUCGUCACAACAUUAGAAACUGUAUUAAGGAGUCAUGACAUUAGGAAGGUUGAGAAUCACUUUUUUAAAGCAAGAUCACAAAUCCUAGACAUUUUUACCUGUGGUGAUGGUCUACAGCCAGUGGUUCUCAACCUAGGGUCCCCAGAUGUUUUUGGACUUCAACUCCCAGAAAUCCUAAAAGCUGGUAAACUGCUGGGAUUUCUGGGAGUUGUAGGCCAAAACACCUGGGGACCCACAGGCUGAGAACCACUGGUCUAUACUGAAGCGGUGCAGGAACGUCCUGAUUUGGUGUUCUUUGUCUUAGUUGCACAUAACAAGCUUUCCCGAUCAGGUCCUGUCCAUGCAUGUAGGACUACAACUCCCAGCAUUCCCUGCCAGCAUGGUCAUUGAAGGACACCUCUUCAGAGAAGAUGUGUCUGCAUAGGAUGAACUUUUCUUCAUAGGUUUUAUUAAAAUAUUCAGGGGCAAA